AUGGUGAAGAAGCACAAUCUUGAAAAUAACGAAUGGCUUUCCGGGCUGUAUCGGAUUCGUGAUAAAUGGGCAAGGUGUAUGAUGAAAGAAAGAUGGACCGCGGGAAUGCGAAGCACCCAACUUAGCGAAAGUCUAAAUGCAGCAAUAAAAAAUCAUUUGAAACUGAAUCACGACCUUGUGCAGUUCUUUAGACAUUUUAAUCGGGUGGUUGAUGAUAAGAGACAUAAUGAACUCAUCGCAGAAUAUGAAAUGAGGCAAAAGCUCCCCAUGGUAGGGUUGAGGCAAACACCUAUACUUGUGCAUGCAGCAGAGACGUAUUCACCAACCGUAUUUGUUGCAUUCCAAAAUGAAUAUGACGAUUUAACAGCUAUGGUUAUAUUGAGACAACAAGAUGCAGAGAUGUUUGUGGAGUUUACGGUGAUGAGGUAUGAUGGAGGACCUGAAAGAAUAGUUGUACGCUGUAGUUGCAAAAAAUACGAGAAUGAAGGAAUUUUAUGUGGGCACGCGUUGAAGGUGUUUGAUACCGUGGGCAUAAAGACAAUUCCUCCGAAAUAUGUUAAGAGGCGAUGGACAAAAAGAGCUCUGGUUGGGGACUGUUUUGAUCGACGAGGACGGAAAAUUGUGGCUGAUCCAAAAGUAAUCAUUUCAACUCGUUAUCGGGAGCUCGCUCCAGCCAUGAUUAAGGUCGCAACUCGAGCAGCAAUGUCGGAGGACACCAGCAAAGUAGUAAUCACCGUCAUAUCCGAUUUGGCAAAGAGAGUUGAGCUCCUCCUCUCAAAAAGCGAAGAGCAACCUUCACAAAAUCAUAAAAAUCUGAAUGUGGAGGAACGGGAUAAAAUUGAAAUUGUAAAUGAAAUGGGAGAGGUCUCAGAAUCGGAGCCGACAUCGGUUGAAUUUGAUGAACACAUGUUUAUGGGAUGCUGUUCAUCUACUGACUCAGUUUCGGAGGAGCGUGCGGCAAUUUCAACACACUGUGAUAUUAAUGGAUAUCAUGUAUUUUUACCAUCACCGCAGGAAAGAAAUAACACCCAGGGAUUGCGACUAACUAUUGACGCCGCCUCCCCUCAGAGGCAGGUUGAUGAAUGA